AUGGAUUUUUUGGUGGGUCUUCUGAAGACUUUGGGCAUGUUUGACUCUGUUUGGGUUAAUGUUGACCAGUUGACUAAGUCCACUCAUUUCAUUCUAGUUCAGGUUACUUACAUUGCGGAGAAGGUCCCUAUCUCUAUUGUUUCGAAUCGAGGUACCCAGUUUACUUACAAUUGUUUGAAGGCUUUUCAGAAAGGGUGGGGUACUCAGUCAGACAUCAGUAUAGCUUUUCAUCCCCAGACUGAUGGUAGGAGGUGUUGUUCCCUUAUUGGUUGGUUUGAUGCAUUUAAGGUGCUUCUGAAGAUCUCAUCCAUGAAGGGUUUUAUACGAUUUGGGAAGAUGGGAAAGAUGAGUCUAAGGUACCUUGUCCGAUUUGAGGUCCUUCAUAGAGUUGGAGAUGUUGCUUAUGAGUUGGCAUUGCUGCUGGGCCUAUCAGGUGUUCAUCUGAUUUUCUUUGUGUCCAUGCUGAAGAAGUAUCAUUCGGAUGGUUCCUAUAUAGUUCGUUGCGAUUCUGUGUUGCUUGAUGAGAAUCUGUCUUAUGAGGAGGAGACUAUAGCGAUUCUGGAUAGGCAGGUUAGAAAGUUGAGGUCGAAAGAGAUUGCUUCGAUCAAAGUUCAGUGGAAGCAUCAUCCCGUUAAGGAGGCUACUUGA